GAGGGAGGAGCGGCAUGCCGCCAUGACGUCAGCCAGGAAUGAGGGAGUGAAUGUUCCGGGUCAGAAACUGGACGGGAGAGGAAAUUAACUCCGGCAGAGGAGCUCAAACUAACCCCGAAAAGCGUGAGAAUGCCCCGCUUGGCCGCGGUGACACAACGCCUUUUGCUUUCACGCGGAGUUUUUUGAAAGCGGCGGAUGGUCGCCGUGAAGCGACGGGGGACGAGAGGAAGAAGAGUAAAGAAAAGAAAAAACAGGUGUCUGGUGGGAAAAGCUGCAAAGUGAGACAACGGCGGAGAGUUGAGCUCAUGGUUUCCGGAACUUGGCAAACAGUCGCUCGUUAUUAUCAAAAGUUUGUUUUCAUCGUUUUUACGACGGCCGUUUGGAGGUUGUGAGUUUGCUGCCUCGCGCCCGUCCUUUCGGCGGGUAAUCGUGCUCCGGGCCGUCCCGCUGUAAGCAAUCUGUUGCAUCCCCCUCUUCUUCCUCCACCUCCUCCUCCCGGCUGCCUGUUUAUCGCAGGGAUAGGGGAUUUAUUCCCACCUCCUCCCCCGUGAUGUUUAACUGCAUACCCCUUUGGCGGUGUAACCGCCACGUUGAAGUGAUCGAUUACCGCCACCGCUCCCUCCUCUAUGUGCCCGAUGAGAUUUUUCGCUAUGGACGGAGUUUGGAGGAGCUGCAGUUGGAUGCCAACCAAAUCCGACAGCUACCCAAGGAACUAUUCCAGCUGUUAAAACUGCGAAAACUGACUUUAAGUGACAAUGAGAUCCAAGUCCUUCCACCGGAAAUAGCCAACCUCAUGCUGCUGGUAGACCUGGAUGUAUCUCGAAAUGAUGUGUAUGAAAUUCCUGAGAGCAUUUCGCACUGUAAAGCCCUCCAAGUGGCAGAUUUCAGUGGAAAUCCAUUAACACGGUUACCUGCAACCUUUCCAGAUCUACAGAGCCUGGUGUGCCUUUCCAUCAACGACAUUUCUCUACAGCGUCUUCCGGACGACUUUGGAAACCUUUCCAAUUUAGUAUCCCUAGAACUAAGAGAAAAUAUCCUGACAUUCCUGCCAGAUUCUCUGUCUGAGCUUCACAAACUGGAAGGGCUCGACUUGGGCAGUAAUGAAUUGGAAGAAUUGCCUAAAUCUAUAGGCAAUCUUUCCAAUUUGAAGGAACUGUGGCUUGAUGGAAACCAGUUGGUUGAACUUCCUGCGACACUUUGCCGCAUCAGAAACCUGGUUUGUCUGGAUGUGUCGGAAAACAAGCUGGAAGGACUUCCUCAGGAGUUGGGAGGCCUUGAGAAUCUCACAGACCUGCUUGUGUCCCAGAACUCCAUCGAAGCUCUUCCGGAAAGCAUCGGAAAACUACAGAAACUUUCUAUACUCAAAGUUGACCAGAACAGGCUAAAUUGUCUUCCGGAGAGCAUUGGCAGUUGUGAAAGUCUUGCAGAACUCAUCCUCACAGAAAACCAAAUAAAGAGUUUGCCUCGAAGCAUCGGGAAGCUGAAAAAACUGUUCAACCUAAACUGUGACAGAAACCAGCUAACGUCGUUACCUAAGGAGAUCGGAGGCUGCUGCAGCCUGAAUGUCUUCUGCAUGCGGGACAACAGACUGACCAGGAUACCUGCGGAGCUGUCACAGGCCACGGAGCUGCACGUCCUCGACGUCUCUGGAAACCGACUUGCCUACCUGCCGCUGUCCCUGACCACCCUCCAGCUGAAGGCCUUGUGGUUGUCAGAAAACCAGUCGCAGCCGCUCCUCUCCUUCCAGACAGAGGAGGAUCCUGAGUCAAAAGAGAAAGUGCUCACCUGCGUUCUGCUGCCCCAGCAGCCAUGUGAAUCAGAGUAUAAAGAUAAUCUUGCUCGCUUUGAUGGCCUUGACAGCCUGGUUAACGGGAUGGUAGAUGACACGUGGGCCAACGCUGUGGACGCCAACAGGAAGAGCACCAUCCAGUUCGCGGACGAUGAAGAGGAUGACGAAGACGAUGAUAAGGGAAUGCUACUUCGGCGUGCCACGCCCCACCCCGGCGAGCUCAAAACCAUGAAGAAAGUAGCUGAGAACGUCCGCAACGACAUGAACGCAGCCAAAGGCUUGGACUCCAACAAAAACAAGGUCAAUAAUGCUGCCGACAGAGCGACGACGUCUGUGUGACCUUUACCUCAGAGAUGUUUUUGGCCUCCUGUGUCUUCAGCGUGUUGUCCUGCACAACCCUGCAGUCCUUUUUUUUUUUUUUUUUACCCAGAAAUCCUGGCAUGGCCUACCCCUCCUCAGAUUAAACCCUGGGAUGCCUGUAACUUUACUCUGUCUUCAGUCCUGUGGAAAAUGUGCAAACGGCCGCUGUGCCUUCCUCUUUUUGAAUAGACGCCCAUGGCAGUAAUCUGACCAGCUUUUUAAUAUCUGAAAGAUAUCUUACUUUUUAAAUUUCUUGUUUAAAAACAAUUCUUCUUAGGUAGUUGCACUACAAACCUUUUUAAAUGUAUUAUAAGAUAUUCUAUAUCUUUUUUAAAACACUGGGUGAGUUUUUUAAACUUUUGGGCAAACUAUAGGAAGCGUUUAUGGACCUACUGAUUAUUGUAAAUCUUUUGUGAAUAUUGAUACUUUUAUACAUUGUGGCAGCUCAUGUGUAAAUACAUAUGUAUAGCAGGUUUAUUAAUCUGUUAAAGAUUUUUAACCCUCUUUUGCCAAGCUUAGUACAUCUUCUGUUUUAUUCGUCAAAUCGAAGACCGAAGCGGUCGAAUGUCUUAUUCAGUUUCCGUCUGACUUUCGAGCUCUGGAAGUUCAAGACCUCGGUUUGGGUAAAAGUUCGAUUUGAUUAGAGUGAUCAAAUCUUGAUUUAAGAGGUGCACAAAUUAAAGUCAAUGCAAAAGUAACCAUGUUACUCAAUGUGUUGUCCUUCACUGCUUUGUAUUGUUUUCCAAAUAGAUGCCAAAAACGACUGUGUGUGCGUUUUUGUGUCGAUUCAGCAUCAGGACUUUUAACCACUAAGAUAACUCUCUUCAUCACAGUCGCUCCUCUUAAAUGCACUUCUUAAUGUUGCAGAAAUUUACUUCUUUUUAUAUGGUACAUGGUAUUGUUGUGUGUUUGAAUCCACUGCAAAAGAAACUUGACUGGGGAAUUUGGUUCAACUGUUGGUUUUAUGUUUUUAAACUAUUUUCUGAUCAAACUGCACAAAGCGGAUCUCAAACGGGCUCUGGGCCUUUGGGAUUUGGUGACUUUUUAUCCACUGAUCAAUAAACUGAGUGCAACACUAAACAA